AUGGCGACUCCUCAUGUGUCUCAGACUCCACAACCAACGUGGAUCGUGGUGCAGCAAGGGCACGAUGAUCUACCAAGGACUCCGUCUGAUGUCGUGGUCCUUUACAGAACCACGAAGCCAGGUGCUAGUUUUGGAACGGAGGGGCUUGGGACCAUUCUUGGCAAACAAGACAAGUUGAUGGUUGUGCAUGGUUUUGCACAGUCCGUGACAGUGCUUACGAUCCAUGAUGGCAAAGCUGAUCAUUUUGAGUCAAUGCCUCCUCAUGUCAAACAAAAAUUCAAAUCCAUACAAGGCAUCAAACGAAAGCUGGGCGUCGAUCAGGGUACGACCAAGUUGUUUGCAGUUGUGCUGGAAUACUACAAACCCAAGGGUCCAUUGACUUACGAGCUGUUAUCUGUUAGACAACGCUCUGGGUAUGGGAGUGCUACAGUUCAUCAUGUGCCUCCUACGGCGGGGACCAUCAGGGAGAAACAAGAGUUUUUCCGUGCACCUGUAGCUACGCCUGGCAAUACUGAUGCUAGUGACACUGCAGGGGCAGCACAGUCUUCAGGUGUGCCAGCAGAACCGUCAAGUUCAGUCCCACAUGUUACCAGUGAACAAAGUGAACAUACAGGGACGCAAUCCGAUCUCAAAAGGAAUGAUGUUGAUGAUACUGAUGUUCCAACAGUUGCCAAAGAAACCAGUGUUGAAGAUGUUGGUGUUGAAACACAACACAACGCUGGUGACGGAAUUGAACCAGUGCAUCAACAUGAGAGUCAUGAGGGUGGCAUGGAGAAUGAUCAGAAAGAUGUAUCAAUGGAUGUGGGGAGUGCUGAUCAACAGACUGGUGACCUAAACAAUGUGGUUGAAGUGGAGGCCUUUGAGCAACACACGGGUGCUGAUCAGACGGUUCAACCAACAGCUGACUCAGUCGAUGCAGCUGACAAUCAUUCCAGUGAUGAGACCAAUAUCCCCCAACCUGGUUCACCGACCGAAAAACCAGUUGCCGAGACCACCGGGCCUGAUGAUGAGGAUGCCAAGCUUCCUCAGGUACCAGUGUCCGUCCAUGCGGCACAGCACAAAGUGAAUGCAGCGAAUGAUCAAUCCAUGAACAACCUUGACAUUGAUGAAAAGUUUGUAUGUUCAGAUGCGGGGCCAACUGAUGAUCUAUUGUCUAUCCAGCGGCUUUGUCAGCGGAUGGAGUUGACAUCCUACUCCACAUCGUUUAGCGGCAUUGACAGUCCAGGCAGAUUGGGGAAUGAGCUCCAGCACAUGAAAGACACAGGAACCAUUGAUCGCCUGAAAGAACAAGUGAUCAACAAACGUGCGUUGAAGACAAGCAUGAAGGCUCACUGUGUGGCACAUGGCCGACUGUGCACACCAGAAGAAGGUGCAAUGUUACAUGUGGCAGGCACUCCUUGCACGGCAGAUUCACCGAUGGGCUUGCAGGAACGCCAGAAGUCCCUUCCCUUCUGUUUUUUCCUCGUAUGGGCAGCCAUGAGGAUAGCAUUGGGAGAGCCCAUUGUGAUUCAGGAGUGUGUGGAUCAAUUUGAUCGCUCCAUAUUCACAGAAGUGCUCGGGGCAUGGGACUGGACUUUCGUAGUCCUGUCACCCAUACAGUUCGGAUGGCCGAUUGCCAGGAAAGAUGCUGGCGAUCUACAAGAAGAGUUGACGUGGGCCGCAUCGCGUCCUGAGUCGCGAUGGAAGACAGGAGUUGACAGUUCAAGUCAACGUGAGCCACCCCAACUCGGAGACAUCAUGGACGAUGGAAGUUCAGUUUGGGAAGCAUGUUUGACUACAAGUGAACAGAAGUUCUAUCAAACUUACAUGGCCAAGUUCCCCAACAGUUGCUACAGUCUCAACCAAGAUCCUGAUGCUAUGAUGACCCUGAUCGCGUCCAUCAACCUCAUGAUGAGCUCUCGGCACCGUCGGUGGAUGACAGGGUUGGAAACCUUUUCAUCCCAAGGGUUUCCCAUUGACCCUGUACACAGCUAUGGGAAAUGCUGCAACAGCUAUGCUUUGAGACGGGUAGCCGAGAUCAAUGGUCUUUCCUUGGACCUCCCCAAAUCAUCACGGAGAGCAACAUUGCACCAAGCCGGUAAUUCCAUGCACGUGACGAUCAGUGGCAUGGCACUUUUGUAUGUUCUUACUCAAGUGAUGAUGGAUCCCGAUGUGAUGGCAAUGCAAAAAUUUAAGCUGGAUCGUGACCGUAGCUUGAAUGCACAGCACGGCCACCGAAAGCAACCAUCGUUUAGUGUGAGCCCACGGAAGCGCCGUCAUGAAGACGCAUUUCCGGCACUUCCCAAAUCCCGAUCAUAG